AAGCCAAAUUUUUAAAUCUAAACGUGUGAGACCUUUUAUCAUCAAAUAUUAAGCCCUGAUCAAAAUUGCUAAGCAAAUGCCCAAGGGCCAAUGAAAAAACUGUGAUAACAAAACCGUGUGAAAAACGCUCGAGAAAAGAAAAACAUUUAACUUAAAAUCAGAAAACAAAACCCCAGGCAUACAAAAGCAAGUGAGAGUGAGAACAGGAGGAGGAGAGGAGCAGGAUUUAGUAUUACAGAGAGGAGGAUGCACUUUGGCCAGGCGGCAAGGCCAUCUUUGGGGCUGCUCCUGGCGGUUGCUGUGGCUAAACGGUCGCCCAAGGACAAAACGGCAAGUUGAUGUUGCUGCCAUCUUGGCAUCUAAUUGGGGCCCUCCUCGUGCUCACGGCCACAGCGGGGGACUCCACCAACAACAAGAUCAUCUUGCCACAAAUACUGAAUGGUGGAGACGCCCCUGGCAAGCAUCCAUCCGGUACGAAGACAGCAAGCGGUGCCACAAAUGGCGUGGGAGGCGGCGUAGGACACGUCGGAGUCAUCGGUAUUGCCACAGGAACUGGCAAUACGGUGGUCGGAAGCAAUGGCGUGAUUGUUGCCGGUGGCGGUGUUGUGGCCAAUGGCCAAACCACGAAUUUAAACACUGUUGUCGAAGAACCCGAAUUUACUGAAUACAUCGAAAAUGUAACUGUACCUGCUGGACGUAAUGUUAAACUCGGAUGUUCCGUUAAGAAUCUGGGAUCAUAUAAGGUAGCAUGGAUGCACUUUGAGCAGAGUGCCAUUCUUACCGUUCACAAUCACGUGAUCACUAGGAAUCCACGGAUCAGUGUAACGCACGACAAGCACGACAGGCAUCGCACGUGGUAUCUGCACAUCAAUAAUGUCCACGAGGAGGACAAGGGACGCUAUAUGUGCCAGAUCAAUACGGUGACGGCCAAAACGCAGUUUGGCUACCUAAAUGUUGUGGUUCCCCCCAACAUUGAUGACUCGCUGAGCUCCAGCGAUGUGAUUGUCCGCGAGGGGGCCAACAUUUCGCUGAGGUGUCGGGCGAGUGGUAGCCCGAGACCCAUUAUCAAAUGGAAACGGGAUGAUAACUCCCGCAUAGCCAUCAAUAAGAAUCACAUAGUCAACGAAUGGGAGGGCGAUACAUUGGAGAUAACUCGCAUCUCUCGAUUGGACAUGGGCGCCUACCUGUGCAUCGCCUCGAAUGGGGUGCCCCCAACGGUUUCCAAGCGCAUCAAAGUCAGUGUCGACUUCCCCCCAAUGCUGCUCAUCCCACAUCAAUUGGUUGGCGCACCAGAAGGUUUCAAUGUCACCAUCGAAUGUUUUACGGAGGCGCAUCCCACAUCUCUCAAUUAUUGGACACGCGGCGAGGGACCAAUCAUACACGAUUCGCACAAGUACAAAGUUGAAUCAAGCGUUGGCGUUCCUGCCUACAAAACGCACAUGAAGCUAACGAUCAUAAAUGUAAGCAGCGGCGAUGAUGGCAUCUACAAAUGUGUGGCCAAGAAUCCCAGAGGAGAGACAGAUGGCAUUAUUCGAUUGUAUGUCUCCUAUCCACCAACAACAGUAUCAUCGGGCACAACCGACUCCCAUUGGGAGCGGGAAAAUGGCAUCAAUGGCAAUAAUUACGCCUAUGGGGGCUCCGAUGGCCAACGCUCCAUUUAUGGACAAGAUAAAAAUACGAGAUAUCAAUCGAAUUUGAAUGAAAUCGGUUUAUCUGAACAAAAAUCCUUCCUAGAUAAGACCCAAAAUCCAUUGGCGGCCAAUGGCAAUGGCAAUACACAAGAUUCCGAGGCUGCAGGAGCCAACAGGGGAGCCCAACCAGCCAAGGCCAUUGCGUGGAUGCUCCUGUUUCUCCCAGCAACAACAAUCUUGUUAACAAUCCGCCAGCCAGCGGUUGGUUCUCAUAGCUCUACUGUAAGUGUAAGGCUCUGAACUAUGGUAUGGGACUAGAUCUAAGGCUUCAACCGUAAUGUUAGCAAACAAACAAAAAAUAAUACUAUAUUUAAUCGUAUAGAAACACUAGUGGAAACGAGACCCUAAUUACGAUCCGCCCUUCCCCCAUCCAGGCCUCUAGAGACAGACAGAAAGAAUGGGAGAGAG